AUGAAGGCAGUCAAGGAGGACGGCGUGUUCACCUGCGUGACUUCUUCGCGCGAGGAUAUUCGCGCGCACUUGGGCAGCAUCGCCGAGAUCAGGCGGAAGAGAGAGCUGAAGCAAGCUGAGGAGUUUCUGGAGGAGAAGGACAUCAGAAUCCACGAUGGACACAAGAAGAUGGUGGAGGACGUGUACAACGAGAUCAUGGAUGGAAGGAGCAACUACCCCGUUCACCCGCAAGCCGAGCUCCUUGUUGAAGCUGACCGCAUCGCCGUUUGGGAGGCACAAUUGGCCAACCCUGACCUGAAAUUUUCCCCGCGAACCACCAAACUCUGCAAGGGCUCCAAGUCUCCGUAUCUGCGCUUCAUCGAGCUCUGUGAGAGCCUUGACGACUGGAAGGAGAAGGUGAAGCAGACCGCCGCCAGGCCUAUUCACCAUGGCCCAGAUCAACCCUUGGACAUCGACGGCCUCUCGCUCAGCCUGAUGACGCAGCUCCGUGUGGGCUGUGAGCAGUGGGUGAAGGACUACAAGGACGAUGGCCAGAGCAAUCGGAAGAAGCUAUUCGACUGCGUCAAAGUGCUGGCAAAGGAGACCCACGAUAUGCGCGCCGCCAGCAGGUCUUUUUCACGCAUGAAGUAG